AUGACAAACAAUGAUGGCAACAGCAGCGCGAAUGCUACCAGACCCCACUUCCUCAAUACCCGAACUAUGUCAGCCACAGCCAUUGCCAAAAGCAUACUCAAUACCUCCAGGCUGCACACCAAACCCGAUCGCACCAAUGUGAUCGGCGAAACUUCACGUAUGAGGUUGGAAUCGAUGCCCUACUCCAAGGAUGGUGGUGAAGAGUCUUGGUGCCAUUACAUGGCCCCGAAGUCGAAUAUGACGCCUACAGGUGCGUUAGGUAUCGUGACGGUCAAAACAGAUGGAGUCAUCCACCUCGUUCUCACAGUGCAAAGUCGUCCUGCUACACGUCAUCAUACAAUUGAGUUUUUUGGAGGGUCUACAGAAGCCGUGACGGAUGAUUCCAAAGAACCUGAUCCUGAAGAGCUUGGUCUUGAGACCGCUGGUCGGGAAACAGAAGAAGAAGGAGGUUUCAAACUUCCGCGAGAUGGAGACGAUAGUGGAAAAUACCGCACCAGUCAGACCUCGGGUCUUGUUUGUAGGAACCCGGCGACAUCUACUGAAACUGGUUAUUUGGCUAUUUUUGAGUUGUCAAAUAUGGAUGAAUGUGACCAAAAACUAGGCACGCAUGAAGAUUGUCAAACAAUACUCAUACCACUUGAUGGCGUGGUCAAAACCCUGAAGGUAUUUGACAAAGAAGGAAUCAUGGUAGACUCAACAGUCAUGACAUUUGCUAUGGCAUAUGAGUUUGGCCUCCGCAUUGGCCUGUUGCAUUCUCAUCAGACCUCGAUGUCACGACUCUAA